AUGGCCCCAGGUAAAAAAGGUGCCGUACGAGGAAAACGAUCAAAUCAACACGUGGAACGUAAUUAUGCUGAAAGACUACACGAUUUGAGUCUACAUUCGUCAGAGGAAAGCGGGGAAAGCACAGAAAACUCCGAUGAUGAAGGUGUUCCACCUUCAUUUGCCAUUAGCAUGUGGGAUUUAAAUCACUGCGACCCCAAAAAGUGCUCUGGAAGAAAACUCUCACGACAUAACCUUAUAAAAAAUCUCAAACUGGGCCAGAGAUUCCCAGGCCUUGUUUUAUCUCCAGUCGGUACACAGUGUGUAAGUCCUAAUGACAAAGAAAUUAUUGAAAAAUUUGGCUUAGCUGUAAUUGACUGUUCAUGGGCGAAAAUUGAUGAGACUCCAUUUGGUAGAAUGAAAUCGGCACAUCCUAGACUGUUGCCAUUUUUGGUUGCUGCUAAUCCGAUUAAUUAUGGAAAACCGUAUCAGCUGAGCUGCGUUGAGGCACUGGCCGCAGCUAUGUUUAUAACAGGACACCGGAAGGAGGCUUCAUUUUACUUAUCUAAGUUUUCAUGGGGCCAUUCAUUUUUAGAACUGAACUCCGAAGUGUUAGAUAUUUAUUCAAGUUGUUCCGACAGCAAGAGUGUGGUUGAAGCACAGAAUAAAUUUUUACAAUCUGCACAAUCUGAGAAAGAUACAAGAUCUAUGUGGCCAUCUAGCAGUGAUUCCGAAACUGAUUCUGAAGAAAUUGAAAAUCAAGAAAAAUCAUAA